CCGUUGCCGCGGCACCCGUACCACCGGCGAGAGCGCGCAGUAACGAUCUUGCUGAGUUCGCCGACGGGGCUGGUGCUGAGUCUGCCGGACGGGCAGGUGGUGGGGGAGGAGGUGACGGUUCCGGUGAGUGCCGAGCCGGUGUGGUUGGCGCUGGAAGUGACGCUGGUUGACACGAACGCGCGCGUUAUCGAGCGGCCGCCUGGACUGCCAGUGGAUUAUCUGUCUUCUGACAGCAGCGUGGCGGCGUUGGUGAGCGAGGACGGGCAGCAUCGGCUGCGCGUGAACGCCCAACGUCCUGUCACCGCUGCUCUCACAGUCAGUGUGGGCGGGCGCACACACGUGUGCAAAACUUUCCGAGUCCGGGUCGUCCCCGAAGAAAAGAGUGCUCCAGGCAGCGCCGCAACCCAUCCCACGGUUGCCGCGAGCAACGCCACGACGACUUCCCCUCAACUACACCCCGCAGUCAUGCGCUGGAUCCGAGGCCUCGUCCUCGGCUCCAUCAUUGCACUCCUCGCCCUCUUUGCCAUCCCCCCUCUCGCCGUCCGACCUCGCCGCCUCGCUCAACCCAAGUCUGCGGCCGCCGCCGGCCGUCCCCACGACGACUGGCGUCGAGCCAACGAAGCCAGCGACCUUCGCGCUCGCCGGGCCGGGAACUUUUUCCAAUUCACCAACCAAUAG